AUGUCAACACACUUCCGCCCUCGCCCCGCCCCUCCUCCAACACCCACAUCCCCCACCCGUCCAUCAACAGCUCACUCCACCAUUCGCGCCAUCACGCCCUCGCCGCCCAACAGCUCAGAUGGCACGUUCGCCCUCCCGCGUCCCAAAAGCGAGCACGCGAUCGGCUCUCCAGAGCUGUCGAACUUCAGACAGUACGUCCUCAAAGCCGAAGCCGGCGGAUUUAGCAACACGCCCGAGGCCAACGAGGUGAGGCUGCAACGCGGUGGAAUCGCAUCUGGACGUUCAAGCCCCGUCAAAUCCGGACGCUCAAGCCCAGCGAAGUCAGGACGAUCCAGCCCGGUAAAGUCAGGUCGCAACAGUCCCACUAAGUCCGGCCGCUCAAGCCCAACAAAACCUCGCUCCCUCAGCCCCCGCAAAGCCGCACUCAGUAUCCUCGAAGGCGAAGGCGAAGGCGAAGGCGAAGGCGAAGGACUCUGCACAUCUCCCGCCCCGCACGACUCUCCCGUCCUCCACCAAGACUCCGACCCAGAUACACCACCCGACACACCCACGCCCAUGACCCGCGCGCAGAAACGUCAAGCGUAUGCUCCGCUCGGAAGUUCUACUACUUUCUCCAUCACUCAAGCUACUCAACCCAUCACCUCUGCGCAACCCCAGCCCCUCGCCAGCGACGCCAACGCCAACCGCAUCUCCUCGGUCCUCAGCACAGCCAGCAAACACAGCAUCUUCAGCACGCCUGGCCGCGACGAAUUGGAGCGCAAGAAGGCGCUGGUGGAGAGUGAUGAGGGACCGUUUGCGAGGGCGAAGAGUAUGGGGGAUUUGAGAGUUGAGAGGAUGAGGGUUGGGAGUGCGGUGGAUGGGGAGGAGAGGGAGGGGGGAGAUGGAAAGGAUAGGAAGCUAAAGGGGAAGUGGAGGAAACACUACCUUUUUCACUUCCUCCAAACCACUCCACCUUACCACCUUUUCAACCCAUUGCGACCCAAGUCGCAAACCCCCCUCACGCAAACCCCGGCGCCCACCAUGUCCCUCCCAAUCCACGACCCCCUCCCCCGCCCCUACAUGCUGCACGACAUCGCGCUCGAAGCGCAGCGCCUCUCCACCCUCCUACCGCCAGACAAUUGGGAUCCAGCACACUACCACUCGCCCGGCCUCGAGCGCCAGCCAAGCGGCGUCUUUGAUCUCGUGAGUAGCGUCGAGACGGGCAGCGACGAGAGCGAACCGCUGAUUGCCAAGCCAUCGCCGAUUACGAGGAGAGAAGCAGUGAGCUGGAAGACUUGCGUGUGUCGGUGGGUGCGCUGGUGUUUUGGCGGGCGGCUGAAUUUGGACGAGGGGUGA